CCGGCCGGCUCCCCCAGGCACGACUCCUCCUUCUCCACGGCCCUCCCCAACCCUGGCAUCUCCUACCAAGGUAGUUUUGAGGACGACGACGAUGAUGACUGGGAUGACUGGGACGAUGCUUGCACGGUGGUGGAGGAGCCCCGGAGCGCACCGGGCACCAACGGGCACCCUUCGCCCAGCCUGCAGUACCCAGCGGCGUACGGGCACCCCCAGCAUGCCGGUUACCGUCCCAAACCGGCGCUGGAGAGGCAAAAAAAGAGGGGCAGCGUGGUGGGGAGGAACCUCAACCGCUUCUCCUGCUUUGUCCGCUCAGGGGUGGAAGCCUUCAUCCUGGGCGACGUGCCCCUGAUGUCCAAGAUCGCCGAGGCGUACUGCAUCGAGAUGGGCUCCAAAGGCCCCCAGUGGAGGGCCAACCCCCACCCCUUCAUCUGCUCCGUGGAGGACCCCACCAAGCAAACCAAGUUCAAGGGUAUCAAGAGCUACAUCUCCUACAAGCUGACCCCCAGCAACAUCAACUCGCCUGUCUACCGGCGGUACAAGCACUUUGACUGGCUCUACAACCGCCUCCUGCACAAGUUCACGGUCAUCUCGGUGCCUCACCUGCCCGAGAAGCAGGCCACCGGGCGCUUCGAGGAGGACUUCAUCGAGAAGCGCAAGCGGCGGCUGAUCCUCUGGAUGGACCAUAUGACCAGCCACCCCGUCCUCUCCCAGUACGAGGGCUUCCAGCACUUCCUCUGCUGCCGCGAUGAGAAGCAGUGGAAGCUGGGCAAACGCCGGGCGGAGAAGGACGAGAUGGUGGGCGCCAGCUUCCUCCUCACCAUCCAGAUCCCCACGGAGCACCAGGACCUGCAGGAUGUGGAGGACCGCGUGGAUGCCUUCAAGGCCUUCAGCAAGAAGAUGGACGACAGCGUCCUGCAGCUGACCAACGUGGCCUCGGAGCUGGUGCGCAAGCACGUGGGGGGCUUCCGGAAGGAGUUCCAGAAGCUGGGCAACGCUUUCCAGGCCAUCAGCCACUCCUUCCACAUGGACCCCCCAUACAGCUCGGAUGCCCUCAACAAUGCCAUCUCCCACACAGGCAAGACGUACGAGACCGUGGGGGAGAUGUUUGCCGAGCAGCCCAAGAACGACCUGUUCCUCAUGCUGGACACUCUCUCUUUGUACCAAGGGCUCCUCUCCAACUUCCCAGACAUCAUCCACCUCCAGAAAGGCGCCUUCGCCAAGGUGAAGGAGAGCCAGCGGAUGAGCGAUGAAGGCCGGAUGGACCAGGAG